UGUCAAAGUUUGAUGUGAUCGUUCUCGUUUCGCAUCCGCAAUUUUCCGAAGCCUCAGCGAAAAGCAUUAUACUGAAAACAAGUCCAACAAAGGAUUUUCUGAUCAGUGUGUUGAAUAAUAUCCUUUACAAAAAAAUGGCCGAUUCUGAGUUGGCCCGCAAGAACUGGGAAUUGGAGAACAAUGUCGAGACACUGCCACCAAGCGAUGAGAUUUUUCGCUACGAUUCGGAACAACAACAACGUAUCCUGGCUGCCCGACCAUGGGAAAAGGAUCCGCAUUUUUUCAAGGAUAUAAAAAUCUCCGCUUUGGCCUUGCUGAAAAUGGUCAUGCAUGCCCGUUCCGGCGGUGCCCUGGAAGUGAUGGGGCUGCUGCUUGGCAAGGUCGAAGAAGACACUAUGGUCGUGAUGGAUGCGUUUGCCCUGCCGGUAGAGGGAACAGAAACGCGAGUCAAUGCUCAAUCGCAGGCGUACGAGUACAUGUCGGCCUACAUGGAAUCCGCCAAGGAAGUCGGACGCUGCGAGAACGCUAUCGGAUGGUACCACAGUCAUCCGGGGUACGGUUGCUGGUUGUCUGGAAUUGAUGUCAACACCCAGAUGCUCAAUCAGAACUAUCAGGAACCGUUCGUGGCUAUCGUUGUGGAUCCGGUUAGAACCGUGUCGGCCGGAAAGGUAUGCCUUGGGGCUUUCCGCACAUAUCCCAAAGGUUACAAACCACCGAAUGAGGAACCAUCCGAAUACCAGACGAUUCCAUUGAAUAAAAUCGAAGAUUUUGGAGUACAUUGCAAGCAGUACUACCAGCUGGAUGUGUCCUACUUCAAAUCGGCCCUUGACCGAAAGCUGCUGGAUUCAUUGUGGAACAAAUACUGGGUCAAUACGCUGGGCAGUUCGGGUUUGUUGAGCAAUGCAGACUACACUACCGGGCAGAUUUUGGAUCUUUCGGAGAAACUAGAACUGAGCGAGGCCAGUCUAGGGCGUGGACCGUUCGUGGUUAGUGGAACAGAUCCGAACGAAAAACGCACCGAAGACAAACUAUCGAAGGCCACUCGCGACUGCAGCAGAGCUUCGAUCGAGUUGCUUCAUGGGUUGAUGGCCCAGAUCGCCAAGGACAAACUGUUCAACAUGGUAAACCUUAAGAAUAAGUAAGUUCUUAGAAAGGAAUGUCAUCUAAAUUACUGCGAAACAAAAAUACGUUUUAACUUGAAUAAAUUCGAUACUUAUAUCA